UUUAUAUCACGAUAGCGUCAACGGAGCAAAACCUCCGCCAGAAUCAUUUCGUAGAACCCUGAAAAACUGCAACUCCCCACCCCCAUUCCCCGUCACUUCCAGCCGAAGGAACCCCUAAUUACGCAAACCCUUAACAGCCAAUUACCUCUCCCAAUUGGAAGAUUCACUCGGCGGAGAACUGCAUGUCUCAGGAUGAGACGAUGUCUUGUACUUCGUAUGUUUUUAAUGGUGAUGCUGUCGCCGUUGAUACGCUGCAUCUCCAGCUCAGCCGUCCCCCGGACGUUUCUCUCCGAUCAGAGUAGCCGGGCAUCCAGCCCUUUCAAAUCCCUUCUCCCCCCAAUCCCCAAGCGUGAAGUUGCAGUGGUGGCUGCUUUGGAUGGAACUGUUUACUUGGUUGAUGCUAGCUCAGGGAAGAUUCGCUGGUCCUUCCCUACUGGAUCGCCUAUAUAUUCUUCUUAUCAGGCUGCACUUGAUAAUGACGAUGAUGGGCUUAACGCUUCUAAAUUGAGCGACGACUUAUAUUACGUCGACUGUGGGGAUGAUUGGGACCUCUACCUGCAUAGCAAGCACCUUGGUAAACUGCAAAAACUGUCUCUAAGUGCUGAUGAGUACAUCAGGAGGACACCACACAUAUCAGAGGAUGGCGAGAUUACAUUGGGGAAUAAAAGACUACUGCAUUUCUUGUUGAUGCCAAGACUGGAAGGGUAGUUCGCUCUUUUGCACUGGAUAACUCUCCUAAUGGGGGAUUUCAGAGUGCUGAAGAAAAUGCCCUUCGUUUGGUGAAUGGCCCUGAAGAGUUGGUGGAAGCAGGUGUUACUGACUUGGGAACUUUUGAGAAUCUGGUUUACAUUACAAGGACUGAUUAUGUGUUGCAGCACUACUCGCCAAACUCCAGUAAAGUCUUGUGGAACGUGGCAUUUGCAGAGAUUGAGGCUGAGUUUCGAUGUCAAGAUGGUAGGAGUUUCUUCGAUGGGAUGUCUCCUGAUGCAAAUGUGGGAAGAAAUGAAAUUGAAUGGCAAUUUCCUUGUCAAGUGAAGACUGCUGCCAUGCGCAUUCGGGAGCAGAAUGUGCUGCCAUAUGAGAAACUAGCAAUUAGUCAUCUCCAAUAUGGAGGCAUAGCUCAGUUCUUACCUACCAAGGAUCAGCUUCCUGCUUUAGGGCCUGUUUACAGACUUCCAGCAGCUCUUCCCACUAAUGCAGGCAGAACUACUCUUGCUUUGCCUUCAUCUGAUAUCUUGAAUGGGGAUCCCCUUGUAGCAAAAUAUAGUACCAGUUGGCCUUCCGAAAUAGCAGCCAAGUCUCACAUGUGGUCUAGCGUAGUCACUAUUCUCUCCAUUAUUGGUGUCAUCAUCUAUAAUUAUAUAGCGGGUAGGAAACGGAGCAAGCUGGGUAAACCAGUAGAAGAACGUAAAACACAUUCUGGAAUGCCCAAAAAGAAGAAAAAUAAGAGAGCAGGAGCAGGAAACAACAAGAACCAUUCCUCAAAGACAAAUGUCUCUCAGGGCGGUAAUGUUGGAGGCACUGAUGAAACUGAGGAUGGUGAAGGAAAUAAUAGAAAGAUACCACAAAGUCUUAUGGAUAUUAUUGGUCAUGUAGAUGGACGUAGAAUUGGCAGGUUAUUGGUUUCAAGCAAAGAAAUUGCCAAGGGUAGUAAUGGAACGGUGGUGCUUGAGGGGAUUUAUGAUGGCCGUCCUGUAGCUGUUAAACGCCUUGUGCAGACACACCAUGAUGUUGCUAUCAAAGAGAUUCAGAAUCUUAUUGCUUCUGAUCAGCAUUCCAACAUUGUUAGAUGGUACGGUGUGGAGCAUGAUCAAGAUUUUAUUUAUCUUGCUCUGGAGCGUUGCCGAUGCAGCUUGAGUGACUUCGUCUAUGUGCACUCUGGUACAUUUCAAAGCCAAAUGAAUCCUGAAGGACAAGAGCCUGGCAGUUUGCCCGAGUCUACCACUAGGAUAUGUACAAUCCUGCAGCAGAAUAAGAACGUUGAGCUGUGGAAGUCAAAGGGUUACCCUUCUCCCCUUUUGUUAAAACUGAUGAGGGACAUAGUUUCUGGCCUUGCUCAUUUGCAUGAACUUGGGAUAAUUCAUCGGGACUUGAAGCCCCAGAAUGUCUUGAUAAUCAGCGAAAAAUCAUAUUGUGCUAAACUUUCGGAUAUGGGUAUUAGCAAGCGCCUUCUUGGAGACAUGUCUUCCUUAACUCAUCAUGCAACUGGCUAUGGAAGUUCAGGCUGGCAAGCUCCUGAGCAACUUCUCCAAGGGCGGCAAACACGUGCAGUAGACUUAUUUAGUUUAGGCUGUGUUCUAUUCUUCUGCAUUACUGGGGGUAAGCACCCGUUCGGGACAGCAUUGAACGAGAUGUAAAUAUUGUGAAUGAUAAGAAAGACUUAUUCUUGAUAGAGAACAUACCGGAAGCCGUCGACCUUUUCACUUCCCUCCUGGAUCCCAACCCUGAUAAGAGACCAAAGGCCGAAGAAGUUGCGAUUCAUCCCUUUUUUUGGCCACCAGAGAAGAGACUCACAUUCCUUCAGGAUGUGAGCGAUCGUGUUGAACUGGAAGACAGAGAAACUGAGUCAGACCUCCUUACUGCGUUAGAGAGCAUCGGAGCUACAGCAUUAGAUGGGAAAUGGGAUGAGAAGAUGGAAGCCGCUUUCCUGAACAAUAUCGGCCGUUACAGGAAGUACAAGUUUGAUAGCGUUCGAGACUUGCUCCGUGUCAUACGCAACAAGUCCCAUCACUACAGAGAGCUUCCUAAGGAGAUCCAGGAGCUGCUUGGGUCGCACCCUGAAGGUUUUGAGAGCUACUUCUCUAAUCGGUUCCCGAACCUCCUGAUCGAGGUGUACAAAGUGAUAUGCAGCCAUUGCUCAGAGGAGGAAUUCUUCUGGAAGUACUUGCAGCAGACUAAUGUAAUUUAACCAAUAGAGCAGUUGUAGAAAACGCUAAUUGUAAUGCAUGGCAAUAUGGCAUGAGCCAUCUGUUGUACACAAGAACCAGUGAGCGUUUACAAAUAAAAGUUCAGUCUUCCAUUUUUAGAGCAGGAUCAUGCGACUAUAUGAAUAUGACCAUGUGGAUAAAGUGAUUACUGGUUUUACGAUAGGGAUG